AUGUUAUUUUGUUCGUGUUAUAAAGCAUGACCUAGUAUAUCCUCUGCAAAACGAGGUAAUUAAACACCUUUUCUUAGUAUUUAGAGGCUCGACCAGCUUAACAUAAAAAUCUAGUCUAUAAAGAAGUAGUACCGCUUUGUGACCAAUAGAGGGCAGCAGUGAAAUGCAUUUACUGUCCCUGGGAAAUCAGUCGAAGAAGUAAAAAGAGGAAAUAAACAUGAACUGCUGAACUUCAGCAGCAGAGGAUAAAGUUUCAUUUUAUGAGUACUGAAAAUUAAAAUCACAGUCAGACAUGUUCAGGCUGGAAACAUUUGAGAGUCAGUUGUCGUCUGUGAUGGAGACUCUGGUGGAGGCGGCCGUGACAGAGCUCGGCAGACUUCUGGAGAGGAGCUCGGCUCCGGUUGUGGCCGCUCAGCAGCGCUCAGCUGCGGCUUCCGUGGUCGCCGUGAAGCGCGAGGAUGAGGAGAGGGAGGUGACGCUACGGGAACGCAGCCAGCUCCUUCGCGAGGAUGUCACGAACCAGUUUGCUUCCCUGAUGAAAAAGUGGGCUGAAGUUGCUGUGGAGAAAAUCUCCUUAAUUUUCAGCAUGUCCAUGAGCAACGCCAGAGAUGCUCCUGCUGCAGAGAAACCCACAGCAGGGCAGAUCGAUACUGGGUGCAGAAAAAAAUCUGUGUCCAGAAAGAGAAAUAACAUGCAAGGAUCGCAACCAGCAACAAUACAGAUGAGUGAUCACUUAUACUGUAGAGAGGAGGAACAGAUCAAACAGUCAACAGAAGAAGCUGACCCAGAAUCUGUGCCAGAACCUGCUGAUCCAGCGUCACGUGAGGAAAAUACCUCUGAAGUCCUCUCUCAACCUGAAGUCACAAUAGCAGAUCCUGAACCAGCCUCCAGUGUCAUCGAGGAAAAUGCCGUCCAAAAAGACGCUGAGCAUGAAUGUAGCGCUGUGAAAAUCGGGAAGAAGCAGCCCACCAAGGACUUCACAUGUCCUACGUGUGGUAAAGCAUUUGCUCUGAAGUGCUUGAUGAACAGACACUGCCUGACUCACUCCAAGCCUCACCUUUGCUCUGAGUGCGGCAAACGCUUUGCCGGACUCCACGGGCUCAUAGCACAUUCGAGAAAACACACCGGGGAGAAGCUUUACAAAUGCUCCAAGUGCGGGACAGAGUUUGCGUACAAGUCGACCUUCCACAGGCACAUGCGUCAGCACAACCUAAACAAACCGAUCACCCACACGUGCUCACUGUGCGAGGAGCAGUUCACGGGGAAACAGGCGUUUCAGCGACACAUUUGUUGCGCGUUGAAGAAGACGUUUGUUUGCUCACUUUGCCCAGAGACGUUUGAGUGCAGGCAGAGCUUGGACGAUCAUGAGAAUCUUCAUUCAGGAAACAGAGAUUUCGUCUGCGAAAUGUGCGGCAAGACCUUCUUCUCAUCCGCAUCUUUGGCCGCUCACCGAGUUACCCACACACAAAAGGAAAACUGCUGCGAGGUGCUCAGCCUCGGUUUCAGUGACACGAGCAAAAACGCUGGAGAAAAGCUUUUCACCUGCGAGGUCUGUGGGAAAGGAUGCAGUCACAGGAGCGCCCUGAAGCAUCACAUGCUGACCCACACGGGCGAGAGGCCAUACGUCUGCGAGACCUGCGGCAAACGCUGUGGACACGCCAGCGCGCUUCAGAACCACAUGAGGAUCCACACGGGCAAGAAACCGGGAGAGAAGCCCGUCUGUAACGUGUGCGGCAAGAAAUUCCGCUGCAUGGUCAAUCUCAAGUAUCACACGAGCGUGCAUACGGGGGAAAGGCCAUACGCCUGCGAUCAGUGCGACAAGAGGUUCAGCAACCCGAGCAAUCUGAAGAUACACAUGAUGACGCACUCAGAGGAGAAGAUGCACAGCUGCAGCAUCUGUGGCAGGAAGUUCACGCAGCUCUACAGCCUGAAGCUGCACAGACAGAUGCACGCGGGAGAACGGCCGUAUCACUGCGUGGUCUGUGGGAAAACUUUCAUAACCAACAGCGUGUUCAGGACCCAUCAGAAGGUUCACCUGCAGGAGGCAGGACAGGGGCAGACUGGAAAAACUGCAGUGAAAAUCUAAAACACUCUGUGAGGUCACUUCCUGUACUCAUUAUUGGUUUAAACCAUAGUCCUAAACCUGCACUCUUUCUAAUGGCCAGCAGGGGGCGACACUUCUGGUUGUAGGAAGCCAUCCAGUUUAAUAGCAGUUUAAUAGUUUCAGGUCAUAAUGAAUAAAGCAUGAACCUACUUCUGUAAACUACGGCCAUUAUUAGAGUCAGAAAGGAUGACAAUCUAGGACGUUCUUUGUCAGUCCCAAGUAAUUAACCACAAUUAGGGUGAAGCUUCACAGGUAGAUUCACCCCUCUGUCCUGACUUCCAGUUUGAAAGCACUGAGUCGUUGAUGUGAAAACAUUCAGAUUUCGUAGCACAACUCCACUAACCAACAGGUGAUGUUAUGGCAGCUGUAUUAAUCUUUUAGACUCUAAAUGAGUAUAAAAAAUGUUUACCAAAGACUUUAAUAUCAAUAUAAUUUGUAGAUAUUUAUAGAAAAUGUGAAAAAUAAAAUGCUCUCCUUCAUUUUUA